AUGGGAAAAGUCAAAGGACCAGGACUUGCUAUUGUAAAGAAAAAAAUUCGUGAUAAUGAACGUUUGCUGAAGAAGGAAAAUCUACCCGCAAAUGUUCGAGUAGAGCAUGAACGUGCCUUGGCUGCAUUGCAAGAUCAGCUUCAGGGAGUUCAGUUGGAGCAUAAAAAGAUGAAGUAUUACGAAAGAUAUAAAAAAAUACGAUUCUUUGAACGCAAAAAGGCAGAAAGACAUAUUAAGCAGUUGGAAAAGCGUCUAGAGGAUCCCUCCGUCGAUAUUUCUGAAAAAGGAAAGAUGAAAGAACAACUGCAUAAAUAUAAGAUUGAUCUUUUGUAUAUCAAGGGAUUUCCUCCUCUCGUAAAAUAUGUUUCCUUAUAUGCAGAAGGAACCGCCGAUUCCACUGAAGAGACAAGGAAGAAAAUUUGGCGCGAAAUGGAAGAGCGUCUCUUGUCUGGCAAAGCGCAAAAACUUGGACCUUCUGGUUCCAACAAUAUACCCGUGCAACAGAAGCAAGCAGCUCAAGAAGAGUUAGACGAUGAAUUUUUUGAAAAGUAG